AUGUUAAACAUUGUUGCAUCUUAUUGUGUUGUUCCAAGUGAAGAAACUCCCGAGACUCGUUUAAGGUUAUCAGAUUACGACCAAGUGGUGCGUUUGGGUCACACACCCAAUAUCUAUAUUUACAAAGCAAAGCACAACCACAACACCACUGAGAAGAUGAUAAAGUCACUCAGCAAAAUUUUAGUGUUCUACUAUCCAAUAGCUGGCAGAUUGAGCUUAGCAGAAAGUGGUCGAAUGGAAUUGGAUUGCAAUGCAAAGGGAGUCACAUUUCUUGAAGCUGAAACCACAAAAUCAAUGAGUGAUUAUGGAGACUUUUCACCUUCUGAAUCCAUCAAGGAACUCGUUCCAAAGAUUGAUUACACUACACAACCUAUAGAGGAGCUUCCUUUGUUGUUUGUGCAACUGACAAGGUUAUUUCUCUACUUUGCCACAACCAAUGAAGGGGUUAUGCAAUCGGUGGUGAAAGGAAAGCUGAUCAAGUUGGAUGGGCCAACAUUGAAGGCUGCUGCGGGUCUGAGCGGCACUGGACGGGAGAAACCCCAACCCUUCAACUUUGGAGAUUUUGAAGAGUUGACUACCUUGCGGGACUGUCAAAGGAAUCCUGUGAACACCAACUACAAGAAAUUCUUGGCGGGAGGAAGACAACCACCACAGGUGGAAGCUGAGCCUGGAAGGGAGCCUGAAGCGGAGCUGAAACCGUUUUCACCUUUUGAGCAAUUGAUGAUCAACAAGAUUGAUGUUGUAAUGGAAAUGUCAAGGAAACAUGAAUCUUUGUUUUCUGGUAUUCUUGACAGAUUUGAUGAUCUGGAUCAUGAAGUGAGGCUGAUCAAGACUCAACUUGGGAUACCGGAGGAUGAAGAUUGA